AUGGAUUAACACUCUUAAUACUAUUCCACACAACAAUUCUUAGAACCAAACAAAGACACAAAUAAAUCCUAAAGAACUAGAUCAAAUACAAAUGAUAUUAUAACAAGUCCAAAUAUAGUGUACAUUACAAGAACCCAAUAGUAAUCUCAGCCUUCAAUAAGAUUGGAGUCUCAACAGCCAAUUCUGAAACCUUCUUAAUCCUCAUACAACAUAAAAGAAGUAGUGAAGAUGAUUGAACCUGAAGAAUUAAUCUUCUAUAAAAAUAAGUGUUCAUUUUAAGAAAAAUAAAUGUAAGAUCUUUAGACUGAAUUGCAUCGUUUAAAGUCAACAGCACAAGAAAGAGUUACUUAUAUAGAAGAUACUCAUAGAAUAUAAUAAUUAGAAGGCAAUUUAUAAUAAUAUCAAUAAGAAUGUAAUAGAAUGAACAAUCUAUUAAGAGAUUUAACAAAUGAAUUAGAAUAAUUAAAGUAGAAAAACCUUUAAAUGUCUUAAUAAAUAUUUUAGUUUCAAUAAUAACAAAUUGAAUAUGAUAGAUUAAAAAGGAAUGCUUAAGAAACUGAUUAGUAUUGGCAAAAUGAAAUAUAAAGAUUGAAUGUUUUAGUAUCUUAAAGUCAAUCAUAGUUACACUAAUUAUAAAAAACAUUAAUAGAGACAAAAAAAUAUGAAUAAAUGUAUCAUUAAUAAUAACCAAUUUAAACUUAAUUGGCUUUGGAAUUAGAAAGAACCUCUUCAGUUUUAAAAGCUAAAGUUGAAGAAUAUGAUUAAUAAAAACAAACCUAUAUUAGAGAGAUAGAAAUCUUAUCUAAAAGAAUAAAAGAUUCAGAAUUUGAACUUAAAGAUUUAAGAAUUCGUGAAACUAAUUAAAAAUAAUCAAUAGAUGAAUUAAGUAAGGAAAAUAAUUAAAUUACUGAAAAGUUUAUGAAUGAAAUUAGAAAUAAAAAUGAUGAAAUCUAAAAACUAUAAUAAAUUAUAUAAACUUUAUAAUUGACUUUAUAGGAUACUUCAAAAUAUUAAGAGUAUGAAAUCAGAUCUAAAUUAUAAAAUGAAGAAAUCAAUAAUCUUAAUUAAAGAAUUAGAAUGAAAUAAGAUGAAACAGAUAAGUUAAAACAAUAAAUCUAGAUAUUUUAAAAUUAAAUUUAAGAAUAUUAAAAAUAUACAGAGUAUGAAAUGAAAUAUUAAAAUUUAGCCUAAGAAUACGAUAGAGUCAAUAAUUCCUUAAUGAUUAAAUUAUAAGAGAAUGAUUAAUUGAGAAAUUGCAUCUCUAAAUUAUAAAUUACUUUAAAUGACCAUUAUAAAAUUGAAGAAUAUGAAAAUAAAAUAGCUUUAUAGAAUUAAGAAAUUGAUCGUCUUCAUUAAUGUGUAUAAACAAAAUGUGAAGAUAUUGAAAAAUUAAAUUAUGAAAAUAAGAGAAUCACUUCUUUAUUAAGAACAAGAAAUGAAGAAAUUGAUAAUCUUAAAUAUAGGAUAUAAGAUACUUAAUAAUUGAAAGAAUAUUAAUAGAAAUUUUAGUUAUUGAAUGUAGAAGUGGAAAGAUUGUCAGUACAAUUGAGAAAUAAAAAUGAAGAAAUGGAAAAACUUAGAUAAUAUUUAGGAUAAUUUUAAUUAUAAGAAGCCAAUAAAUUACAAGAAUUAGAAUAAAGGAAUUUAGUGUAUUAAACAGAAAUAGAAAGAUAAAGUAAUUUAUUAAAGAUGAAAUUAUAAGAAAUUGAACAGAAUAAAUAAUAAAUUAGAUAUUUAUAAGAAGAAAAUGAUUAAUAAAAAUCUAAAUUAUUGAUCUAAUAAGAAAAUCAAUAAUAUAAUGAUAAGAUCACUUUUUUGACUCAAGAAGUUGAUUCUUGGAAGAAUUAAUUCAUAAAUCUCAAUAGAGAAUACCAUAAAUAAUAAGAAUAGCUAAUGCUUUCAAAUGCAGAGUUGGAUACAUUAAAGAAAUAAAGAAAUAAUUCAUUUAAAGUAAAUUAUAAUUUAAUUUUCAUAGCUGGAUUCUUAUGAGAAUAUCAAAGAAAACUCAACUCUUACUGCUUACUAAUAUGGUACUCUCACUUUAAGAAAUAUUUGA